AUGCCAGAGCCUCGUAAACAGCCACCAUUGAAUCAAAAUAACCUCUGCAAAAAAUCAAAGAGCAGAGCAAACUCUGUUCAAGCCACCAAAACCAUGAGAAAAAUUCGGAUAAUUAAUUAUGAUCCAUACGCUACUGAUGCAUCAGACGAUGAACGAAUCUAUGAGGGACCAUCCCUUAAACGUAUUAUUCGAGAGAUUAAGAUUCCAAUUGAUACUUCUCAUGGACCAACCAAAUCAUCCAAACCUUCUAAGAGUCCAGAAAUGGAGAGUUCAUGUCAAGAUAGCAACAAUGGCGAAAAACCCUUGAACGAGACGAAGGUUUUGAGGAAAAAUCCAAACCCAAGUUCAAAACGACGACGACCGUCUUCAUCGAUGUACAGGGGAGUUAGGCAGCGGAAAUGGGGCAAAUGGGCGGCAGAGAUUCGAGACCCAUUUCAAAGGAGGAGGAUUUGGUUGGGGACUUAUGAUACUCGUGAGGACGCAGCUAAGGCAGUUGAUAUGAAGAGGCUUGAAUUUGAGUCUAUGGCCUCCUCAGAAUUUGUCUCUCAGCCUUGUGAUCAAAACCACCCUGCUGUUUCUGAGGACUCUGGGAGUGUGGUGUCUCACACAUCCCCUUCUUUGGUUCUUGAUUUGGAGUCUUUGACCUCUGCCUCAACUUCACAAAUCAAUGGAAAAUCUGAUAUGUUUGAAGAUGUUUGCAUGGAAAAAAUUCUUGAUAAUGUUGGUGUGGAGGCCAAUGGAGUUGAGGGGCAGGUUGCUGAUGCGGUUUUGUUGGAUGAUUCUUCACUGCUGGCUGAGGUUGGGCAAGGAUUGAAUUUGGGGAUGGAGCUUGAUUCGCUGUUUAUCGAUGAUUUUGGGCAGGCUCUUGACGAUUUUUGUGGACUUGAUGACCUCCAAAUUGUUGGGUUUGAGGAUGAUGGCCCGUGUGAUCUGCCUGAUUUUGAUUUUGAUUUCAAUUUGGAGGUUGGGAAUGAAGUGUUGGCUUGGAUGGAUGAACCAGCUCCCAUUGUGAAAGAGCCACUCAAUAUUGCAUGCCUAUGA